CACCGACGCCGGGGCUCCAGCCGGUGGCGAGGGGCGACGCGUCCAAGGCGCACUUGGUCUCCGCCCUCGAGGACCUCUCCGAGACGCUCAAGAGCGGGCCGGCCGCGCAGGUGCGCGCAAAGGCGCACUUUCGGGCGGCGCAGGCGCACGCAGGCCUCGAGAAUUGGCGCGAGGCGUGGAGCGCGGCGAGCCUGGCGCGGGAGCUGCAGCCCGGCUCGGCCGAGGUGAAGGAGGUGCAGCUCAAGGUGCAACGCGAGAUGCGGCUGCUCCAGCGGUCCGAGCGAGAGAGCAAGCGGCAGGGAGCCUUCGGGACCGGCACCAACCGCAACCUGCUUGACCGCGACGAGAGGAAGGAGUUCCAGGCGCGGCUCGGCCUGGCGCAGAAGCUCCUCCCGGCGGCGGGCGGGGACGACGCGGCACGGCAGAGGCGGAACGAGGCGGAGGGGCUGGUCGAGAAGGCGGCGGCGUCGGGGUGGAGCCAGCUCUCGCCGGCGGAGCAAGCGGGCUUCGAGGAGUUGUGGCGCACCGCGCUCCCCUCCCUCCCGGCGCAGGAGGUGCGGCGCGGGCGAGAGGAGGGGGUGUUCCCGCCCCGAGACCAGGAACGCGUCUUUGGCGCAAACCUCCCCCUCGCGCUCACCGGCAGGCCUCUCGAAGGGCCGCUCGGUUGGCUCUCUCCGCCACAGCUCGAGCGCGCGCGCGGACUGGCGAGCGAGACGCUACCCGAGAUCUGCCCGAGAUGUACCCGAGGUUGCCGCGAGAUUCUCCGGGCGGACUGGCGAGCGAGACGCUACCCGAGAGAUGCCCGAGAGCACGCGGGGCCCCUCUCUGGCUCCUUCCUCUCUCUGGCUCCUUCCUCUCUCUGGCUCCUUCCUCUCUCUGGCUCCUUCCUCUCUCUUGCUCCUUCCUCUCUCUGGCUCCUUCCUCUCUCUGGACUUUUUCCUCCCCGGCCCGUCGAGAGCCGAGGGCCGUUCGCCACGUCGAGGCGGGGCGGUGUGGCCGCGCCUAGGCGACGGAGAUCUUCCAGCGCGGCGCCGAGCAGCUCGACGGCGAGCAGCGCCGCUUCGCCGAGGGGACGGGGCUGCUCGCCCCCUCGGACGCGCGCAACCCGUGGCACUCUGCCCCGCUCGGCAGCGGUGGCGCCGUCCUCCUCCUGUGCCCGGCGCGGCAGCACCUCUGGCCGUUCCCGCCGCCGAGUCUGCGCGUCCAGGCCGCCACCCUCGGCGGCGAGAUGGGCGCCGCCGCGCUGGCCGACGCGCGCGCGGGCGCCGCCGCGUCCGAGCUGGGCGCGGGCGACGUCGGCGUGCUCGCGUCGAACGUCGCGGCGUGGCGCGACGCGCUGGCGGCCGGCUGGGAGUGGGUCUGCGUCCUCGAGGACGACGCGGCGUACUCUGGCGGGGGCCCGCCCCUCCUCCUCGCUUCGCUGCUGCCGCUCGUGGCCGCCUCGGCCACCGCGGCGCAGCGCGAUUGGUCGCUGCUCUCUCUCUCCCUCCCCGCGGGAGCCGAUGGCCACCCGAUCGACGGCACGGGCUGGCGCCGCGUCGCGCCGCCGCAGACGGCGCUCGCGUGGGUGUACAAGGCGUCGCUGCUCCGCACGCUGCUCGACGCGCACGACAAGGGAGGGGUGGGGCGAAUGCCGCUCGCGCGGUGGGUCUCGGAGGUGCUGGCGCAGCGCGGCUUGCUCGGACGCGUCCUCGCGCCUGCAGAGCCGCUCGUCGCCGCGCGCAAGGUGCCCUCGGUGCGGCAGGCGCAGGGAACAUAGAGCGCGGGUGAGGGAAGUGCAAGUGCAAGCGGUGUUUUGCACGGCGCGCCCCACACACAUGCACAUAGCACGGCGCCGCGUCGUGGAGCAGAGCUCAGUCAGGGAACCUGCGCCAUUGCUAAGCUCAUUGUUUUUGCUUU